AUGCACCGUACAACACCGACAAACAGCUAUGCAUCUAACAAAACCAUUCAUCGGGUUGAAUGGAGAAAAGAAAAAGGGAAACGUGACGUAAAUCUGAAAUCGGAUAAUUGCAAAGGAAGAGAUGAAUGCAGAGAGAUUGAGUUGGUGAGCGGUGAGAUCAAUAGUGAAAGGCGCGAGGCGAACCUUAAUGGAUGCGUUGGAUCCAGGAAUCAAAUCGGGGACGUGGCUUUGGAAGUGGUGGAGCUCAUAAGAGAAAAGUUGUUGGUGAAAAGACGUGAAACAGAGAAUGGCGUUGCGGAAACGCGGGAAUGGACGUUCGAUUUUAUGAGCUCUGCAAAACUAAUGCUAUGCGAGGGACGCCAGAUCUUCCUCCAACGCGAUUCUAAAGGUUUCUUCUCCUCGCGCGUUGGGUUGGGGGCAAAUGCAACGCUGUCUGAAUGA